AUGGAUCAUGACUAUUAUGCACAAUCAGAUUACAAGUUCGGUGAUUACCAAUCAUCUAAUAUCAUCGAAAUACCAGAUAUUUCCAUGUCUGACGCAAUGGAGUCGAAUACUAUUAGAGAUCAAACAACCAGUGAUGCGCCAGCACCUAGUAGCUUACAACACCAUGUUUAUAAUAUGGAUACGGAGAAUGGCGUACUUGAUCUUGAUCAAAUCGAGAGGUUUGAAGCUGCCAAUGCUGUCAGCAGUGCCACCAUAGUCGAUCACGGUAUUGGUCUUGAGUGGAACAGUGUUCCACAUAAGGCCAGCGCCACAAAUAAUUUCAGCACAACAUAUACUAAUGAAAACCGAUCUGACGAAAAGCUGAAUUUACAUCACGAAAUUGAUGGGCUAGAAGAUGACAACGUUGAUCACGCAGAUCGUACAGAAUUUCAGACUCCGACUCACAGUUCAACACAACAGCUUUCCAGCAACAUUUCUGUAAACAAUUCUUAUAAUUAUAAAAAUGGCCAAACACCAAGCUACACGUUGAAUAUUGUUGUACGACAGUUUACCAAAUUUGCAGAAAGGAAACUGAAUCUAUGUCUUAAUAGUUCGCCAUUGAAUCAAGAACCGAAUAUUGCUGAAAUUUUGUCUGAGGGAGUGGAUCCAAUGUUUGAUAGAAUUAUAUCAUCUCUAGGAUACAUUGCAAGAAGGACACCGAAAAGGGUUACUGACGCUGUAAUGAACUGGCGACGCGGAAAGUCAGAAUUGAGAGAUAUGGCCAGGAAGAUAUUUGAACGUGAUUCCACAGCUUAUAAGGAAUUCUUCACCAGAAACAAAACUCAAGGUACACAUAGGAGGACAUCUUCAAAGGCGAAAAACUCCAGCGACAUGCCCAGGUUGUCUAUGCAAGAAAAAAAUAGAAGUGAACUCUUUGAUCAGUAUCAAAAAUCAGAACUUACGUACAUACAAGCAGAUCGCCAGUUUACCAUUAGUACCUUCAUACUAUGGAGAGUCUUAAUUGAAGUGAUAAAGCAAACACCAAGUUCAACGUUAAUGGAAGACACUGGUUUGGAAGAAAUUAUGUACAAUUAUUUGAGGAGUAUAGAUCCUUAUUUAGUUAGCACAUCGUUGAUACAUUCUGCAAACUGGAAUCUGCUUUCAGAGCUUAUUGGUCAGAUGUCAGAGAAAUCUUUUCUAAGUGUCAGUGAUAGAUUUAUUGCAGAUUUGGAAAAAUUCCCAACCGGGUUUACCACAGGUAAUUCAUUCUCUGAAGCAAGUCUAAAUUUAUUAAUCCAUGGUAUGAGAUACUUACAAUUUUCUAAUUCAUCCUUGGAAAGAUUUGAGGAAGGUGCAGAUUUCAUAAAAAGUAUUGCCAAGUUCUUCUACAGGUGUGAAAACGAAAAUAUAUUCCUUUCCUAUUGUGACGUUUUGAAUCAAUUGUUAUUAUCUCUUGCUGGCACGCUGACCGCUGAAGUAAAUCAUCCAACAUGGGUUGAUGCAAUUAAAGUGAUCUACACCAAAGCGAUGUCAAUCUCCAAUUCCAAUCUAACGAAGUAUUGGGGAAGUUCAAUAACGUUGGUAGUCACUGCUCUUUCGGUAGGCCCAAAAGAAAUGUUUGAAGAAAAGUGGAAAUCCAUAGUGGAUGUAAUAAUCAAGAGAAUGAAACCUAAAUCGAGCUUGUCGGAAAAACUAGUUGUUAUGACGUGUGUUUCAAGAUUAUUGUGGGCUUAUUUAUUUAGAUACCAGGAUACAUUGAAUGCUAAACAAAGAACAAUGGAAACUCUAGCAAAUCUUCUCUUUUUGAACAUACAAAAGAAGCAACAGUGGUUAACUGAAGACGCUUUGCUAAUUCAAUCAGUCGUUCAAAUAUUUCGGGCAAUGGCAUAUUCUCAACUCAAUUUCACGCUUGAAAACAUUUUCAUUCCAUUUUUAAAGCCAUCCUUCAACAAUGCCACUUAUGAAAUUGUCAACCAUGAAAAGUUGAUAUUAUGCAUAAGAGCAUAUUGCUGUAUUUUGUCUGAUUAUUACAAUCAUGAGAAACCUCCAUACCCAACUGACUUUGUUAUUCAGAAUUCUCUCGAUCCUCUAGAAUUCAGUAAUACAAUAGUUGAUAAAGUCUUUCACAAUGAUUUAUCGAAUUAUCAGGUACAUGAAGAAAUAUCAUCUAUAUUUAUCAAAGUUCUGUUUCUUUUGGAAUCGCAUUGUGGGUGCAAGAUAUUAGAUUUUCAAUCUAAAAAUACAUCAGCUCCACAGACUCCUUUAUCUGCGACAAGUGGGUCCAGUUUACAUCAGAGAAUAGCAAGCCUAACAAAUUUCCAUUCCGGCGAUGAUGCUUCUUACAAGAAUACUGAAUUAUUUACCACAGCGAUCACAUGUAUAUCUUGGUGUGCUAAUACGUCUAAUUCCGCUGAAUAUAGGAAAAUAAUCGAGCUUCUAGUGAAGAACUCCAUUUAUGAGAAUGAAACCACGGCACAAUUUUGUAUUGAUGCUUUGAAAAUUUUAGUUUGCAAAAAAAACCCCAGUGUUGUGCUUACUACAUUUGCAUCAGUUGCUUUCUGUUUGGAUGAAAAGGCAUCGAAUUCUUUUGACGCUGCAUACUUGUUGUCUGAGAAUUAUGUCAAGUUAUUAGAGGUAUACCUGGAAGUUCUUCAAUCAUGGCUCGAUUCUUUGACAGAAAUAGAGGAACACGAUACUGAAGAACAGGCCAAUACAAUGUAUAAUGUGAACCAUGGAUUUAUCCAGGAGGAAAUUAAAGAAACCAAAAAAUUUGAGACAUUGGAGCUAAAAAAUAUGGCAACACUUAUUGACGAUGUCGAAGGAAAUGCAUUGUUCUUCCUUUUCAGUCAUGAUUUCAGAAUACGGUUUUUAGGGUGUCAAAUGUUGAGAAUUGUGACCCAGUUUGAUGAGGCAAUAUAUUAUUUGUCAAUUGAAGAUGACGUACAAGUUGCCAAAGGGCAUUGUCGGCUUCCAUCGAAAUUUGCUGCGGAAUCUGGAACACGUGUUAUUGAGGUUUUGGGCUCGCUGAGCUUUGUGGAUGUGGCGAAGAAUAAGGUAACACAAUUUAGUGAAGCAGAACUUAAAAGGUACACCAAGUUAGCUGCUUCUGAUAAGAAGAAUACAAUUGUCAAACUUGCUGAAAGUAGUCAUGGUGUUGAUGCCGCUUUGUGGUUCAAGAUUUUUGAGGAUAUUCUAAGAACUUUAGUGAGAAACUGCCCAAUUCAAAUUGCUAUAGCAAGAUCACAUAGUUGCAUUAGACUUGUUCAAUUUUAUGACCAGAUUGUACGGAUUAAUAGUAAUGGCGGAACUGGGGUUGACAAUGCUGUGAUAUGGGAUUACAUGUUAUACUUGAAGAUAGUCUGUUCUUCAUUGACAACAACAAAUGAGCAGAGACUACAUAUCCCCGAUUUAAAAGCGACUUCACCAUCAGCUAGUUCCAUAUAUGCGCCUUUGGUUAAGGGCCAUUCAAGAAAGAAGUCACAGCAACUGUUUACUGUUCAACACCAAAAGAUUACCAGUGCACGAUCCAUUUUCAAGAUGACAGUUCCAUUACUAACAACUACAAAUGGCCGUUUAAGAGAUGCAUUAGUAGAAGGCCUCAGUUGCAUCAAUGUCAACAUUUUCAAAAGCUUUAUUGAUUGUAUUGCGCCAUCUAUUGAAAGAUGGGAAAUCUUCGCAAAUGGAGGUUUUUCAAGUGACAUGGUCCUUAAACAGGAAAUAUGCUGUAUUUUGAGCAAGGUGAUUUAUCGGUUUUCCAAAUCUAAUGAAAAUUAUUUUGACGAAGAUAUCUUACAAAAACUUACGUUGCUGUUAUCUAAUAUGUUGAGUGUUUUAAGCUUAGAUGUAUCUCAAGUGAAUUUUAGGUACCAAAGACUCAGAAAGUAUUUCAGUAAUAUGCUCGAAACCCUACAGAAGGAUCUUUUGAGGCUAGGAGAGGCUGGCAAGUGGUUUAGCUUCCCCUUUAGAAAGAAAAGCUUCCAUUUUCUACUCGAAUGGACUGGGUACGGCGAUAAAAGUUCUAUACUAGUUGAACGAUACAACUCCAUGAAAAAAGGCAUAAGUGCUGAGAAUGAUAGGUUGAAUUUACAGGCAUCAUUAGAGAUGCAAAAACACCAACUCCAACUUAGUGCCAUUAGCUGUAUUGCAUGUCUAUGUGGAAGUCCUGUAACCGAGGAUGGGGAUUCUGUGGAUUUGUCUAGUAUGUUUGGUUGGUUUGAUUCGUUAUUCAAAACUCACAAUGAAAAGAUUAGCAGUUUAGCAAGAGGUGCGCUGCUAGAUUUGCUGCUCGUCAAUGGUACUGUUAAGGAUAUUUUCACAAUAAUUAUAAAAAAGUGUUAUACCCACGAUUCUGCCCUUGGAAACUAUUUUAUAACUCUGACUGAAGCAUUAGUCCAAGGAGUUGAAUUUGAAUAUGAAGUUUAUUUGCCCCUCGCUUUGGCUUUGUUUUCUUCUGGAUCUGAUAAUUAUAACGUUAGAUCAUCUGCAACAGUUUUACUGGAAUUUAUUGAGAUGAAGUUCUAUAAUACUAGCAAUGUUUCUAGCUAUGUGGAUGGCGUGUGUUGCAGAUCAAGGAUCAUAUACAAAAGAACACUAUUUCAGUUGUCAACAUAUUUUGCCACUGCUCACCCUGAAGAAAAGUUUCGCAUGAUUUCGGAAUUGACUAUGUUGUUUAAUUUAGUUGGCUCUAGCCCGAGACGUGAUUUAGUUGCUGUGUUGCUACCAUGGGUUCAAACGGUAGAUUUGGAUUUAAAUAAGGGUUCGAAUGAGAUUGACAAUUAUUUGGUUGUUUUAUCAAAUUUUUUUGAUAUCACAAUGAAAUAUUCACAUAAGAUACAAAAUGAGCUCGAAGCUUUAUGGGUUGCUUUGGGUACAUCCAACAUAGGCGAAGGUGAAGGGGUACAGACAAUCUAUGAUUACAUCAUUGCAAAUUCAUUAUCUUUGAAGAACCUUGCGUUUAUUGAAUGCUCUAGACAGGUUAUUGUUUCAAUUUCGACCAUUCCAAGUAAAUUCAGCUUAAUUGAAUCGCUAAUUUCAAAUAUGCAACCUAAAUCGAUGAUUCCGUUUGAGCCUGAAGUGAGUAAGAUUUUGAUAUCAGAAAUUGAGAAACAUGAAUUCAAAGGGUUGCCCUAUGUUGCUAAACUAUCGAAAUUGAUACAGAAGAACUCUUCUACUACCAUCCCAGCAUUUUCGUUAGGUGAAUUAUCUCUUAUCUUUUUGGCAGACUUAAUUUUAAUUCCGAAUGAGAAGGUUAGUGAGAAUUUGACAUUGUUGUUGCAUCUUUCAAUCUCGUUGUUGGAUCAUCAGUUAUUCCUUGUCCAAGAUCAAGCAGCGACACUGGUAAUUCAUUUGAUACAUGAGUAUGGUGAUGCAUCAUCUGAUGCAGGUCAAAAGGUUAUUAACAAACUUCGGAAAUCUGACCACUCCAACAAUUUAUGGUCCUACAGCGAUUUGGCAUCAAUGAAAAACAAAGGAAGAAUACCGGAAUCUAUGGAUUCAUUAGUCAGAGAUAUUUUGAAAGUUUUUGAAACUAAAAUUCCUACAAUCCAGAAAGAUUGGAGUAUAAUGGCUAUAAAAUGGGCAACAACAUGUAAAGUGAUGCACCUUGCUUCCAGAUCAUUUCAAGUUUUUAGAUGCUUAAUUUCAUUUUUAGACCAAACCAUGUUGAAAGACAUGCUGUCAUGUUUGACUAAUACAAUAUCUGAUGGGAAUAGUGGGAUCCAAGGAUUUUCCAUGCAAAUAUUAAUGACACUAAAUGCAAUCACGUCUGAGUUGUACAGCGAACAGCUGAUUGCAUUCCCUCAGUUAUUUUGGUCUUCAGUUGCGUCACUAACCACUGUUCAUGAGCAUGAGUUCAUUGAAGUUCUAUCAACAUUGUCAAAGUUUAUCUCCAAGAUUGACUUCAAUUCCCCGGAGACGGUGAAUUGUCUUAGUGCAACGUUCCCUUCUAACUGGGAAGGCCAAUUUGAGGGAUUACAAAAGAUGAUAAUGAUUGGAUUAAGAUCGUCCAAUGCCUAUGAGCCAACUUUAAAAAUGAUGCAGAAAUUAAAUCAGUUGGAUAACUCGCAAAUUAUAGGGGAGGGUAAACAUCGUGUUUUAUUAGUAUUAAUGGCCAAUAUGCCUAGAUUUCUACAUGCAUACACAACCAAAAGAUUUCCGGAAGAUGUUGUUAGUGCUGCAAAUUCUCUAAGCGCCAUGGCCGAUAAAAACGAAAUUAUAGGUUUAUCCAGGAUUAUUGAUUCUUUGGUGAAGAAAAGGUUUAGAAACAAGGAAGAUUUCGUUAGUCAAGUUACGAAUAUCUUGAAACGAUUUUAUUUCCCAAGAUUUGCACCUGAGGUUUUGAUAUUUCUUCUUGGGCUCUUAUUAAAUAAAACGGGUUGGAUUAAAGUGGAAAUUAUGGAUUUUCUAAAACAUAUUUUUAGGAUAGUUGACUUGACAGCGCCUGAAUUCACUGGCUUAGGUGCUGAUUUGGUUUCCCCCUUACUAAGACUUAUCCCAACAGAUUAUGUCAAUCAAGCUUUAGAGGUGCUUGAUCUAGCUACCUCAAUUACGGCGUCACCAUAUGAUAAACAGUAUCUAAUGGUUUUGACGGGCAAUCCAAUAAAGAAAUAUGAUCAUGAAAACCUUGUUACGCUUUUUGGCGUUCCUGAAGAGAGUGGAUGGUCAGUUCCUAUGCCAGGCGUGAGGACAGCUAUUACAAGAAACAAUAUAUAUUCGGUUUAUUCUACUUGUGUCAACAACAUCGAAGAUGAUACGAAAGAAUUGUUGAAUGGUGAGAUGAAUCCACUAAAUAUCAGCGAUAAUGCUUCAGCUAAGAAUGAAAAUGAUCUAGUCGAUGAGAAUGAAUUGAAUAAGGGAUUUGAUAGGUCUAUGCAAUUGUCGGAAGCACCUCGUCUUUCUGCCGAAUCACAGUAUGUCCAAUACAAUCCCUUAUCUCCUGAACUUCAAAAGCAAGUGAAUAAACAUCACCAGCAACAAGAACAUUAUAACAACGAUAAUAUGUCGGUGACAGAGAAGGAUUCUUUAAGCAAUAUGUUAGCAACUUUGGAAACUCUAGAUUCAUUUUUCACCAAAGAUGGCCAAGAAAUUAAGGGAGGGUUUGAGCAUCAAUAUGCAAGUUCAGUUGAUACCAGAUCCACAAGCACUACAAGUAACACUGAGAGAUGGGGAUACGACUUUGAACUGGGCUCACCCAAAUUGGAACACACACCAGUACAGUUUGACUCUACGGCAUCGUUUAGAACUUUAUUGGCUGAUGUAAAAUCCCCAGUCAGUGACUCCUUGUCAUCUCCUAGAAGUUCAUCCUUAAUUGGUAGAGGGAAGAAAAAUAGUAGAGGCUCAAUCCAUGCUGUUGUUGAGCCACUGAAAUUAGCUAGAGACAUCACCAAGGAUCCUAUCGUCAAUGGUGCCUUAAUUACCGAGUCUAACAAUGAAAAUGAAGAACAAUCCGAUGCUUUGUUUGGAUUUGAUCUAUUAAGGCAGACCAACAAAACACGUAGACGGUCUACACGGUUCACCACGUCCCUUGGAAAUGAAUCCAACGGUGGUAACAUGCUAUUAAAGAACAGUCCAAUAUCACCGAGAAAUCCAAGGUCUCCUAGACAUACAAACAUUAAUAGCAGAAGUAAGUUCAGGAGUUAUGCUGCAUCGUACAGGAGAAGUUCUCGAGCGCCAUACAGUCCAAGUGAAAGUAUGAGAACAGACAGCCCACGAUCUAAUAUAUCGUAA